AUGCACUCAUUAGCACAAAGAGUCAGUACUUUGAGUUCAAUAGUAACUACCUUUUGUUUUGCAGCAAUUGCGCUGGUAUCAAUAAUGACUUUGGCAAUUCCACAAGGAUCUGUUAACUCAUUGAGGUUUAGGAGUAGCAAGCCUAUAGUAACACUGAAGAAUACAAGAAACUAUGGUGCUACAAAGAACACCCCAAAAGAAAACGCAAGAUUUAAAUUUGAUAUCGUUGCAGACUUUUCUGAUUUGGUGGACUGGAAUACCAAACAAAUAUUCACUUAUGUUUAUGUAGAAUUGGAUGAUGUUUUUGGAAGCGAUGAUAAUAAAUCUAACAAGUUGGUUGUGUGGGACAAGAUUUUGACAGAGAAAGACAAAAUGUACAUUAAUUAUAAGAACUUGAAGUCAAAAUAUUCCAUUUGGGAUUACGAUCCCGAGCUUCAUGGUCGAACUGGCCAUUUUAAAUUGGGUUAUAAUAUUCAACCAUAUGUCGGCCCUUUGUCCUUUGGUGAGGUCGAUCUAAACAACACUUUCACUUUCCCUGCGACCAAGGUCUGA